AUGGCACCACUUGAAGAAAGCAAACUCAAGGUGAUGCUGGUUUUCACUGGUGGAGAUUCCACCAAUGACAGACCCGGAUUAGUCCCAUCGAUCAUUUGUCGGCUGUCACAUUCUCUGCGGAUGCUAACAUUGCGCCAGAUAACUGAAAACUCUCAAAAUGACCUUGAAAUUUUGAUCAAUGGCUUACAUGCCGACGCUGCAACCAACAUCACUGCUGGCCUUCAAACUGGCUUAAGAGUGCUCAAUGACCGCAGUCUUAGCGGCGGCCGUGUGGUUGACAUCAUGCUUAUGUCCGAUGGUGAGCAGAAUGCCGGUGAUGAUGCUGCCCAGAUUCCAGUAGGCAAUAUGCCUUGUUUGGCCGGGCUUCUCACCGUGGUAGUUCAGGACUUGACCGUCACACGACACGAAGACGAAUCAACAAUAGAACAAGUAUCUGCCGGAAGCUAUCCACAGUCCAAGGACGAUGAUGCUGGCUCUGUAACUGUUACGUUUGGCGACCUCUACAGCAAAGAGGUGCGCAAGGUCAUAGUGGACCUCCUUCUUCCUGAAAUUAGUAAGGAGCGGGGUGCAGAUGUUUUGGAAAUUGCAUACUCUUAUAGCACUGGAGGAAAAACGUUUGAGGCCCCUCCUGCGACCUUGACUGUACGCCGCAAUAAGACAGCCCUAAAUGAGGAAGAGAGGCUAGAGGUGAUAACUGAGGAAACCUGUCUCCAGACUACAAGAAUGAUAAAAGAAGCACGAGUCAUGGCAGAUGACAAUAAACUGGAUGAUGCUCGAGACAAGCUGGUUACAGCACAUAACUCAUUGGAGGAUGCAAUUGAUGAAUCAAACCCAUUACUUGAGAUGCUAAGGAUCGAAGUGCAACAGCUCUUGAAAUUGACGAAAUCACAAGAAAUGUAUGAAUUACAAGGGCGCCCUUUUGCACUCUCUUCUGAGACUUGCCAUGAUCGCCAGCGUUUUGCUUCAAGAGGUGAUGUGGAAAGCCUGCGGCCUUUUGCCACUCCUCGUAUGGACAAAUACCUUGAGCAAGCGAAAUUAUUUGACAAGGAUGUGAAGGAAGAACUCGCUGCCAAUCCCCUUGCUGCCAUCGCUGGAGCUAUUGUCUUCUAUAUUCAGGCGGCCGUUCAAUCUCUCCAAGCCAUUGAAAAAAUAAUCAAGAGAGGCCUUUGA